AUGGGUAGGUCUGAUGAUUUGCGUCGCUACAUACCUUGCUUCGAUUUGAUUCCAUUGGAGGUUGUCGAGCCUACCGGCCGCAACUCAUUCGAUAUUCCUCCGCAUGAUCUACGAGAUCCAGAAAAGGCCUCGGAUACAAAUGUCGCUGCAACUAGCGAUGCGUCCUCUGAGUAUCCUAUUCCCACGGAGGAGGAGAGGCAGACUCUACGUAAAGUUCCCGGAAACCUCAGCGUGAUUGCCUAUGCGCUAUGUCUUGUGGAAUUUGCGGAGCGUGCUUCGUACUACGGAUCUCAGACUUUCCCUCUCCCGGAAAGCGGCAAUGGCGCUGGUGCGCCUCCUCGGGGUAGUCAAGAGACUGCCGGUGCCCUGGGAAUGGGUCUUCAAGCUUCUCAAGGGUUUGUCCUUCUCUUUUCUUUUCUUGCCUAUAUCAUCCCUAUAUUUGGGGGCUGGUGGGCAGACACAAAGGUCGGCAGGUACUAUGCUAUAGUCGUUGGUGUCUUGAUUUGCGGUGUGGCGCACGUUAUCCAGAUCAUCGGCGCCAUUCCUUCCGUGCUACAGAAAGCAACUUCUCAUUCCGCACCUCCUUUCAUCAUCAGUUUGUUGAUUCUCGCGGUGGGAGCUAGUAUCCUCAAACCCAACAUUGCCCCCACUCUUCUAGACCAGCAAGUGCAUUACAAGGAGUACACCAAGGUUCUGAAAUCCGGCGAAAAAGUUAUUGUCUCCCCUGAAGCUACUACAACCCGGGCGAUGCUCAUUUUCUAUGGUAUGGUCAACGCUGGAGCAUUUUACAUGCUUGCCACCACAUACGCAGAGAAGGAUGUUGGUUACUGGUUGACGUACCUGUUGGCUGGAAUUAUCUACUUUCUUUUGCCAAUUCUGCUAUUUGCCAUGUAUAAACGAACACGUCGGCUCCCUCCAUCUGGGUCGGAGUUGACAAGUGCUUUCAAAAUCAUCGGCACGGCUGUGAAGCAUAGUAAAGGCAAAUUUUGGAAAAAAGAUUUCUGGGAUGCGGCCAUGCCAUCUACUCUAGCUGCUCAGGGGAUCUCUGUCAGCUGGAAUGACAAACUAGUCGAUGACGUUAAACGGACUAUCAACGCCUGUCAUAUCUUAUUUUUCUUCCCAAUCUACAACUUGAAUGAUUGCGGCAUAGGGUCUGUUUCUACGAACCAAGAUGCAACAAUGGUGACCAACGGGGCUCCGAACGAUCUCCUCAACAACUUCAACCCAUUGACCAUUAUUGUCUUUGUUCCCAUCCUCAGCUACAUUGUCUACCCAAUUAUGGCUCGUUUGGGUUUCAGAAACGGACCCAUCAACCGCAUUACAUUUGGUUUCUUCCUAGCUACCAUUGCCGGCAUCUACGGUGCCGUUGUCCAGUACAAGGUUUACCAGCUUUCCACAUGUGGUUACUAUGCUUCUACCUGUGACGAAGUCGCAGACAUUUCUAUCUGGGUGCAAAUCCCCAACCAAGUGCUCGCUGCCAUGUCUGAAUGUUUUUGCAACGUCACCGCUUACGAAAUUGCAUACUCGUGUGCCGCUCCCUCUAUGAGAGGUCUCGUCAUGGCCGUCUUCUUGUUCAUGACCGCGCUCUCAAGUGCACUAGGUGAAAUUCUCAUCCCUGCUACGGUUGACCCUUAUCUGAUCUGGAUCUGGGCAGCCCCUGCUAUCGCUCUUGCAGUACAAUCCGUCUGGUUCUGGUUCAGGUUCCACCAUCUGAACAACGAAGAGUUCAUGAUCGAUGAGGAUUCCUAUCCGCAAACUGUAGAGCCCAAGAUUGAGGAGCCCCGGAUUGACGAAGAGCCUAAGGUUGAUGAGGAGACCAAGUUGUAA